GUCGCUGAAAGAGAAAAUACAUCAUCCCUUCACUCAUCCAUCUAACGGUUUACCAAAUACCAAGCAAGUGAGGACAGUUCCUACCAAACAGGGCUCCCACAGCCCGGAAAGACCCGGCCCAGCUAAGACCCCGUCCCUGCACCGAGCACGGGAAGCGGCGUGGGUCGGCCUCCGUCUGUCUUGAACAAGGUGCCCGUUGUCUCCCAUGGCCAGAACCAGAGAGGGUGGAAUUGAUCCUUGCCAGGGGUUUGGCUGAUAGUGCUCAGGUCUGUAGAAGGCACCACAGACAGGUCGUGGCUAGUGUGGGCAUCCCGGGCAGAGAUGACAGUUACCAUCAGCUGGGCCGGGCCGAGCCAGGGGUGGGACACCGUGGCUGGGUUGAUUCCAGGUUUUCUUGUUUGCCCCCAGAUUGAGGACGAGACGCAGGUGUCACGGGCCACUCAAGGUGAACAGGACAAUUACGAGAUGCACGUGCGAGCCGCCAACAUCGUCCGAGCCGGUGAGUCCCUGAUGAAGCUGGUGUCCGACCUCAAGCAGUUCCUGAUCCUCAACGACUUCCCCUCCGUGAACGAGGCCAUCGACCAGCGCAACCAGCAGCUGCGCGCGCUGCAGGAGGAGUGCGACCGGAAGCUCAUCACGCUGCGGGACGAGAUCUCCAUUGACCUCUACGAGCUGGAGGAGGAGUAUUACUCGUCCAGCUCAAGCCUUUGCGAAGCUAAUGACCUGCCUCUGUGCGAAGCUUACGGGAGGCUGGACCUCGACACAGACUCGGCCGAUGGCCUCUCGGCCCCUCUGCUGGCGUCCCCGGAGCCCAGUGCUGGCCCCCUGCAGGCGGCAGCCCCUGCCCAUUCCCAUGCCGGUGGCCCCGGCCCCACUGAGCACGCCUGAGCCUCUGGGGCCACCCUUCGUUGUCAGGAACAAAACCUGAGUUCUCCCUCUGGAUGCUGCCACAGGCUUGCUUCUUUAUUCAGCCUAGGUUCCCAUUUGGGGACUUCAGGACCCCAGAGCCACUGGAACUUCCUUGCAAAGCUCGUUAGCCCAGGGCCGGUCCAGCCAGGAUGGUUGGGAAAGUGGUUUCCUAGCCGUUUCUGAACAGCCCAUCAUUCCCUGAGUCAUCAUCUCUUUUUGCUGUCUUUCUGGCCGCCCAGGUAGAAGGUUUCCAACAUAGGUCUGGCCUGUUGGGGACCUCAGCAGUGGGGCAGGAGGGUGCCUGAUAUGGGGGAGCCCCAACUUGAGCCUGUUGUUAGAGUUGGUAGGGGCUCCAAGCAGACUGUUGGGCAGGCCGGGGUUCCUGUGGGGAGCCCCACCUGCUGCUGCUUGCCCUGAGCUGCACAUGUUAGCACCGUAGCUGAGUGUUAAGGCAUGGCCGUAUGAGAGGGGUUGCCCCCGCAUAUGGAAGCUAGGUGGGACUCAUUCCUACCUCUGCCUCUGUAAGGAGACUUGAUUAAAACACCGCCACCCUUUUGCA